UCUCACGCUUCUGUCUUUGUUUUCUCCUGCAGUGCUGUGUGUCCUGACCUUUUCGUUGGGAAGGAGCCGUGGAGUCCUUCCAAUGACUGGUCCAAAUUUCAGGAGUGGUUUGAAGAAAAAAAUCCAACCAACAUUAACAAAGAGGUGGAUGCAGUGCUGCGGUUCCUGAAGGAGAAGUGUGGGGCCAAACACAUCGGAGCGGUGGGUUUCUGCUGGGGGGGGUCCUCCACUCAUCACCUCGCUCUAAAGUACCCAGAGCUCAAAGCUGGAGUGUCCGUCUACGGGAUCGUCCGGGAAAGAGAGGACCGGUACGAUCUGAAGUUUCCCACGCUCUUCAUCUUCGCAGAGAACGAUCACGUUAUCCCACUGGACCAGGUGAGUGUGCUUGAAGCGAAGCUGAAGGAGAAGUGCACGGUGGAUCACCAGGUGAAGAUCUUCCCGGGUCAGACGCACGGCUUCGUCCACAGAAAGAGAGAAGACAUCAACCCUGAGGACAAACCCCAAAUCCUGGAGGCCAGAGGCGACAUGCUCGACUGGCUCAACAAGUACAUGUGAACUAAGUCAGGACCAAAGGAGCAGGUGUCACCCAGAAUUUAAAAAGGUCAAUCAUGGACAAAGUGGCCCAAAGACCCUGAUAGUGUGAUGUAACCCUGCCUGUUAGCCCUACAUGCUAAAUAUGUAUCCACAAGGUAUGCACAUACUGGAGCAUCUAAGGAGAUAAAUGUGUAUAGAUGUAUGUAUAAUAUUUUCUACGACAUAGUAAGCAUUUAUUUUUACCCAGGAUGACCCCGUCUGCUUUCAUAUUGUUAGUCUGUUCAUUAUUGUAACAAAAUAAAAAUAUCUUGGCCAGCGAGCA